UUUUCAGAAAGAAAGAAGAAUCUUCUUCAUCAUUCUAUCACUCUAACUAGAUCCUUUUUCUUUCUCACUUUCUCGGGAAAAUUUCUCGAUAAAAAUUUUCUCGAGAAAAUAAAAAAAUCUCAAAAUCACAGAGAAUCGAUUUUCCGAUCAUUUUCCAAUGGCGACGGCGACGGCGACAAAACCUCAACGAACUCCACAGGAAGUAGAAGACAUAAUCAUCCGCAAAAUCUUCCUCGUCAGCAUCACCGGAGAAUCAACAACCACCACCGGAGCAACCGAUUCGAGAAUCGUUUAUCUCGAACUAACCGCCGCAGAGAUUCUCAGUGAAGGAAAAGACCUUCUCCUAUCUCGCGAUGUAAUGGAAAGAGUUCUCAUCGAUCGUCUCUCCGGCGAUUUCACUGUCACCGGAGUAGAAUCCUCAACGUUUCAUUAUCUAGUCGGUUGUUACAAUCGCGCUCAUGAUGAAUCGAAGAAAAUCGUUAACAUGAAAGAUAAGAAUCUUAGGUCAGAAAUCGAAACCGUGAUUAAACAAGCGAAGAAACUUUGUGUUUCGUAUUGUAGGAUUCAUCUUGCGAAUCCCGAGCUUUUUAGUGGAGCUCGGGAUUCAAAUUUCAGCGCCAGUGGAACUGGCGCUGGAGCAUCGCGAUCGCCGUUACUGCCUCUGAUUAUAUCAGAGUGCGGUGGUGGCGGUGGAAUGGGGGUAUUUGGGGGUGAAACAAGAAUUGCUGGAGUGAAGAGUCCACCGGGGUUUUUGGAUGAGUUUUUUAGGGAUAGUGAUUUUGAAACUUUGGAUAAAAUUUUGAAAGGGUUGUACGAGGAAUUGAGAGGGAGUGUGAUGAAGGUAUCUGUGCUUGGGAAUUUUCAGGAUUCGCUUAGGGUUUUGUUGUUUUUGGUUAGGUUACCUAUUGGUGCAAAGAGUCUUGUUAGUCAUGAAUGGUGGAUUCCUAAAGGUGUUUAUAUGAAUGGUCGUGCUAUCGAAAUGACUAGCAUUUUGGGUCCUUUUUUUCAUGUUAGUGCUCUUCCUGAUCAAAACUUCUUCAAGAGUUCGCCGGAUAUUGGGCAGCAGUGCUUUUCUGAUGCGUCAACUCGGCGACCAGCUGAUUUACUAUCUUCAUUCACCACCAUCAAAACUGUCAUGAACACCUUAUAUGAUGGCCUAUCCGAAGCACUCCGCAUCCUUCUUAAAAGUACAGAUACUCGUGAAAAUGUACUUGAGUAUCUUGCAGAGGUGAUCAAUUUAAAUGCUUCUAGGGCUCAGAUGCAGGUUGACCCAAUUACUUCUGCAAGUUCAGGCAUGUUUGUAAGUCUCAGUGCUGUCAUGCUUCGCCUCUGCGAACCAUUUUUAGAUGCAAAUUUAACUAAAAGGGAUAAAAUUGAUGCUAAAUAUGUACACCACUCAAAUCGUUUGAAUCUAAGUGGGUUAACUGCCCUUCAUGCGUCAUCAGAAGAAGUUGCUGAGUGGCUUAAAAGUAAAAACCCAGCUACGGCAGUGGAUAUUAAUCAAUAUAAUGAUGGUGGGAAACGUCUGCAAGAAUCUCAAGAGGCCAGUAGUUCUGGCAGUAAUAAUGCCAGUCCAAAAUACUCAUUUAUAUGUGAAUGCUUCUUUAUGACUGCAAGAGUGCUCAACUUGGGGCUUUUAAAAGCAUUUUCUGACUACAAACACUUAGCUCAGGAUAUUUCUAGAAGCGAAGAUACUCUUUCCACACUUAAAACCAUGCAGGAGCAGUCACCUUCUCCCCAAUUGGCAUUGGAUAUAACUCGACUUGAGAAAGAACUGGAGUUGUAUUCGCAAGAGAAGCUUUGCUAUGAAGCUCAGAUAUUGAGGGAUAACACUCUUAUUCAGAAUGCACUUUCCUUCUACCGCUUGAUGAUCGUCUGGUUGGUUGGCUUGGUAGGUGGAUUUAAGAUGCCACUACCAAACCCAUGCCCUAUGGAAUUUUCCACCAUGCCUGAACAUUUUGUAGAAGAUGCCCUGGAACUUCUAAUUUUUGCUUCCCGGAUUCCAAAGGCCUUAGAUGGAGUAGUGCUGGACGAGUUUAUGAACUUCAUAAUUAUGUUCAUGGGCAGCCCCGACUUUAUCAAAAACCCAUACCUGAGAGCCAAGAUGGUCGAAGUUCUGAAUAACUGGAUGCCUCGUAGGAGCGGCUCAUCUGCUACAUCUACUUUAUUUGAAGGGCACCAACUGUCUCUUCAGUAUCUUGUGAGGAAUCUUCUGAAACUUUAUGUCGACAUUGAGUUCACUGGUUCUCACACACAGUUCUACGAUAAGUUUAACAUCCGUCAUAAUAUUGCUGAGCUCCUUGAAUACCUGUGGAAUGUCCCUAGUCAUCGCAGUGCUUGGAGACAGAUUGCUAAAGAGGAGGAAAAGGGCGUCUAUCUCAAUUUCUUGAAUUUUCUGAUUAAUGAUAGUAUCUAUCUUCUUGACGAAAGUCUGAACAAAAUUCUUGAGCUAAAAGAAUUGGAGGCUGAGAUGUCGAAUACUGCUGAAUGGGAGCGACGACCAGUUCAAGAGAGGCAGGAAAGGACCCGGUUAUUCCACUCUCAAGAAAAUAUUAUUCGGAUAGAUAUGAAAUUGGCCAAUGAAGAUGUCAGUAUGCUUGCAUUCACUACAGAGCAGAUUACUGCUCCAUUCCUGCUUCCCGAGAUGGUUGAUAGAGUGGCUAGCAUGCUCAAUUACUUUCUGCUGCAAUUGGUGGGUCCCCAAAGAAAAUCACUCAGUCUGAAAGAUCCCGAAAAAUAUGAAUUUCGUCCAAAGCAUUUGCUUAAACAGAUUGUGCAUGUAUAUGUUCAUCUUGCCAGAGGUGACACAAAUUCCAUCUUCCCAUCUGCCAUCUCAAAGGAUGGCCGAUCAUACAAUGAUCAGUUGUUUAGCUCAGCUGCGGAUGUCCUUCGUAGAAUUGGGGAGGAUGGAAGAAUUAUUCAGGAAUUUAUUCAGCUCGGUGCUAAAGCCAAAGUUGCUGCUUCAGAGGCCAUGGAAGCUGAAGAUACACUAGGAGAAAUACCAGAUGAAUUCCUCGAUCCAAUUCAAUACACUUUGAUGAAGGAUCCAGUUAUCUUGCCUUCCUCAAGAAUCACGGUUGAUCGUCCUGUCAUCCAGAGGCAUCUUCUUAGUGACAGCAGUGACCCAUUCAACCGUUCUCAUCUUACCGCCGAUAUGCUGAUUCCUGAUGUUGAACUUAAAGCAAAAAUUGAAGAGUUUAUUAGGUCUCAGGAAAUGAAGAAACAUGGUGAAAGCAUAAACAUACAAAGUUCUAAAGCCACCAUUCAAACCACAGAUACUUCUGAAAUGUUGAUUGAUUAGGAAUAUAUUAGUUUCCUAUCUUCGCAAAUGAAAUAUGGAUUCGUUCGUACUUUGCACAUAGUUAGAUGCGGAACUUAAAUUAAUUUGAUCUUAUUCUUUUUUUCUUUUUCCUUGGAAAUUUUAAAGUAAUGUUUAGAUAUUUUAGGCUGUAAGGAUAUUUGAAAUAGUUAAUGUAUAGAGGUCAUCGGAUUGAAUAUUAUGAUACAAUAAGCCCGUGCUUUUUAUUCUACUUUUAAUUAAAAUCAAUUUUACAACUAGCAA